CCCUCCCCGUGUAACCCGACGCCGCCCCGCCUUGUGUCAAGCUACAACAAGCAAAUUUCACCAGUCCACACCCACUGCACGGCGCCCGCAGCAUCGGCUCGAGACCAGAACCCCCCCGAGCCGGAGCCGGGGUCCCUUGUGUGGGCCACAUGUGCUCAGGGGAGGAGGAGGAGGAGGAGGAGGAGGUGACCUGUGAGCCUGAGGACCUGUGAUGCAAUCACCCGUCUGCCCUGCUGAUAGUGGGAUUGAUCAGGAGUGGCAGGCUGUGCUUGUUCCUCAACAUUUUGGAGUGUCCACAGACGGGGAGCACCGGGCCCGAGCCUCCUUCAUCAGGACUUCUCUCCGUCCCCCCCCCCCCCCCCCAUGGUGCCGUCUCUUCAGACAUCCCGAUCAAGGCUUUCAUAAUUCCUGUGUGGAUCUCUCGUUGAUCUCGUCUCUCCACGCUCCUGCUGCCUUCACGGCGCUCGCUCUCCCUCCAGCGCCGGCAGCAAUGGACCUGACUCUGUGGCAGUACCAGUUCCGGAUCAUCAUGCUGGGGGACUCCACAGUGGGCAAGUCCUCCUUGCUCAAGCGCUACACCGAGGACCUGUUCCUGGAGUCCAUCAACCAGACGGUGGGUGUGGACUUCUACGUUCACUUCCUGGAGGUGGAGCCCGGGGUCCGCGUCAAGCUUCAGUUCUGGGACACGGCCGGGCAGGAGCGGUUCAGGUCAGUGACCCGUUCUUAUUACCGCAACUCGGUGGGAGGCCUGCUGGUGUUCGACAUGACCAACCGGGCCUCCUUCGACCACGUCCAGGAGUGGCACGCCGAGGUGUGCGAGCGCGUGCGGCCGCAGAAGGUCCUGUUCGUCCUGGUGGGGCAGAAGAGCGACCGCGGCGCCGAGGGCCAGAGGGCGGUGAGCCGGGAGGAGGCGGAGAAGCUGGCCGGCCAGCUGGGGGUCCCCUACGUGGAGGCCUCCGCCAAGACGGGCCACAACGUGAAGGACGCCUUCGAGCUGCUGGCCCGCCGCAUCUACCAGGGCCUGCGGAGCGGCGAGGUGGAGCCGCAGGAGGGCUGGGACGGCGUCAAGUGCGCCGCCCUCCGCCCGCCGCCGCAGCUGCAGAGGGACGGCCCGGCCCGGCCCAGCACGCCUCCCAGGAAGUGCUGUCCUUAGACCACCCCCCCCUCACAACGUGAUCAUUUGUAAUGGGACUGAUAUCUGAAAUAAUGUUUGUUUGUUCAACGCUUUGACAUCAAAUGGCUUCAAAUUGAACUCAGCGUUUUUAGCUCAAACCCACUGACGGGCGACCGUGACCUUCUGCGUUCGUCCUCCUGCAGCAGGUCGACGUGCUGCUGAUGGAGAAAACUAAUGACGUUGUUUUCUGCUGAUUGAGACACGUUGGCAUGCCGACGGGGGGGAGUGGGGGGUUUAACACUGAACACAGACGCCAGAGACCAGCUCACAUUCUAACUCCUAGGGCCUCUGGAUGUUCUUUUGAAUUGUUGUUUGUCAAUUACUGUCCAUCUGCUGAAUUAAAGGCCUCCUGUGUCUGUGCAAAAAAAAAAAAACUUCCCCCAAGAUGAUCCUGACAGCUGGAAGCCGUGCGGCUUUAUAGGAGUUUAAGUUUAUUCUAGCGAGACGUUUUUUUUUUAUAACAGGUCAGUCGUUUAUUUGUUUUAUGACAUUGUGAAAGUCAACAUCUCAGCACCAUUUCUUCCAUCGUCUCGAUGAAACAGAGCAAAGUAAAAAUACAAUUUACAUGGAUAGUUGAAAUAAACCCUUUUACAUUCUGUAACACACAAACAUGAUUAAUAACAGAAUUUCCUGUUUGGUUUAAUAAUAAAUGUAUGAUU